UCUUGUCCCUGCAUGUAUUGUCCUACAUAAGCCAGGCCCGGGAAAAACAGCAAAGAAACUUCCUAUAAAUAGAUGAGGCCCCACCCAAUCUUACACGCACAUGAUAAACCACAUCAUAUGUGCCACUCCUGCCAGACUGCCAGCACGUCUGUAAUUACACACACACACACACACACACACACCAAAGACCACCACACACUGAUUCAUCUCAUUUGGGCGGACUCACGUUUUCAGCCUGAAGGAACUUUACACAAACGUCUCAGUACUUGACCGAGACACAGAAGCACAAGACCUUUAAGAUCCACAUUCCUGGUCGUGAAUGUGAGGAGUACACUGCAUCGAAUUUGGAGCUGAAGAGAAACUCUUUUCUAAUUGAGACUUAAACAGGAAGUUGGACCCAGCUGAAACAAAAGAAGCCCAAAAGUGAGUGUGACGGGUGAAAAGGAGACGGCGCCGAAACAACAGAACACAUUUGGAGGGAUGGAGCAAAGCCUCUGGCUGCUGCUCACUCUCUCUCUGAGAGGUACUCUUGCGGGUGAUUGGUUGGUUCAUCUCCCCUCCAAACCCGUAUGUGCCAUCACUGGUUCUUCUGUGGUUCUGCCUUGUUCCUAUGACUACCCCCGCAGCUCCAAUGAGCCCGGCCAGGAUGAAGAAAUUACGCAGACUGCCGUUUCGUCAGUGAUGUGGUGUCUGGAGCACAGCCGCUGCAUUACAGAGAGCUAUGUGUUUCACAGCGAUGGAAUAUUUCCACAUCCAUCCUACCACAACAGGGUGCAGUACCUGGGAGAUCCUGGAUCGGAGAACUGCUCGCUCAGGAUUUCAGACCUGAGGCAGUCGGACACUGGAACAUAUGUGUUUUACAUCAUCACAAAUCACACGACUCAGAAGAUGCCAGAGCAGAGAGGAGUCCAGCUCCUUGUGGCAGACUCCCCGAUUGGAGUUGCAGCUGCCGCAAGUCCCUCGAGUGACAUCACUGAAGGUCACACGUUGCGACUGUCCUGCUGUAGUCCAACCGCUUCACCUGAGACCCUCUUCAAAUGGUACAAGGACACUGCUACUUCCAGUGGUCAGACGUGGGACAUCAGUCAAGUUUCCGAGGCAGAUUCAGGCCGUUACUAUUGUCAAAUGCAGACUGGAGAAAGCUUGAGGAACUCGGCUCCACUGGAUAUCAAUGUUCAAUAUCCUCCUCGGAAGACCAUCAUCACCAUCACCUCCUCUGAACGGCCAGCUGAGGGACAUCCUGUCACGCUGACCUGCAGCAGUGAUGCUAACCCGCCUGUCCGCUGGUUCACUUGGUACCAGGAUGCAGCCUGUCUCCCCCCUGCCACCUCUUCUAAUUAUGCAGCCACCACUUCUGCUGCGACAGUGCAGAAGUCCCUCAGUAGCACGAACAUCACCACAGACAGAAAGGGUCACCACUGCUGUGUGGCCCGUAACAAACAUGGAUCACAGUUGUACAUCAUCACCCUGGAGGGUUCUGACGAGUCGACCGACGGCUGGAUGAUUCUCACCGGGGUGAUCAUUGCCAUCCUUCUCACCAUCGUAGCUGUGUUUGUCUUUUACAUGUUGAGGAGGAAAAAGUCAUCCAGCCACCAAUCGUACGUCCUCACUGAGACAACUGUGUCUUGAAGUGGAGAAAGUGAAUUCUUUGUUUCCCCCCAAACGCCCUGUAAUAUAGAAAAUUGAUUAUUUAUUGCCACUGUGUGUGUUCCCCUGGGACUCAAGUGCCACAAUGACAUAUUUAAAAAAUAUUAGUUAACUGUGACAUGAAGAGAUCCACUUGUGCAGCUGGUCAUUUUUGGAUGAACUGAUAAGGUACUAAAACUGUACGGCCCCACCCAGCACAGGAAUAUUCUUGGUUCAUUUUUGGGUUCUGUCAGUCACGUUAUUGUUGGAACGCAAUGACCCCUAUGUCAGCUUCAUCUUUCAUUUUCUCCAGUGCUGACUGAAGUGAAAAAAGUAACACAACUUCAGCUACUAUUGAACAGGAAUGGGUUCUGGAGAGCAGCUUUGUCAUUCGUUUUCAAUGUUGCUGUAAUGUAUGAAUAUUCUUGACGUCUGUUUGACUGAAACUCGCCUUUUAUUUUGUGUUCAUGAACAUGUACAGUAUGGUCUUAACAUCUGAAACUCAGACCAGUUUGGUGUAAAACCGUGUAUGAUAAAAAAAACAAACAUGUUUUUCACCUCAUUAUGUUUAUGAUGCAUGUUGUGGAAAGAACAGCGCUUUGACAUGUCCUGUUUGCAUUCAUUCCUUCCCUGCUUUCUAGAAUGAACUAUCUUCAAAAUAUCUCUAAUGUGGUCCUCGGAAUUGAUCAGAAAUUAAACCAAAACCUUUCAAUGUAAUGCAGGAAGAGUUUCUUUUUCAGCUAACUUUAAGGAUGUAAAUGGAAUCCUCAUGGUUGUAACUCUCUUUAAAAGUGUUGCUGCUCCCGGAGGAGGAUGAUAACGCUGAGAGAAACAAUUAGAGAGUCACGUCUGUGAGGCUUGAAAUAAGCCAGA